GAUCAAUUUUUAUUAUUUGGAUAGGCAAAGCGUCAUAUGAAUUUCUAUGGAUCUUUCAUCAUUGGAAUUAGAAUUGAUGCAUCAUUCAGACCCUUUAGGUACAGCUUUUUAUAAUUCGAAGGGAUCACAGUUGCAUAUGAAUCAAUAUUCAUUACCAAGUUUUAGUACUUUAUCUGAUAGUGAAAGAUUUUGUAUGAAUUCUGCAUCAGUCCCUAUGAUGCACAGAGAUGCUCUUAUGUUAUUUCCGCCGAGAUCGGUUUAUUCUGCUACGUUGAAUGAGGAAAAUUCGAUGUCCCAUUUAUUUAAUACAAUUCAUUCAUUUGUUAGUAAUGAAAAACAAAAUUUGGAUGAACAAGAUAAGGAUAAAAUACGGAAUGAGCGUGCAAUUACAGUAAAAAUGUUACAACAGAAUGCAAUAUUUGAAGAUAAACAUUUAGCAGUUGAAUCGAUUCGUGAUAUUUAUCAGCCAUCAUUUGAUAUUUCAGACUAUAUUCUUUCUAGUUAUGAAACAGUUAUGAAAAGCCCUCAAGUAUUUCGUCCAGUUGUAUCUCCAGGAUCAACUACAGUGAGUGAAUUUGCGCCAAUUACGCCACCAUCCGCAACAGAUGAUCUUAAUUAUUUUGAUUACAUGUUGCCACAUACGCAGCCAGCAGCAUUAGAUCAGCAAUGGUUGGUAGAUAUGAAGCAAAGUAAUAACAAUGAAACGCAUGUGGAUCCGUCAAGAUUAUGUGUUAGUCCGAAUCCACAAGCUAAUUUUUCUGUAAAUGAGUCUAUAGUUGAAAAAAAUUUGAAAUAUAAUGAAGAUAAGGACAAUGAGACAGUAUAUGAUAAACAGGAAGAAAUAGAUGAAAAAGUGUUAGUUAAUGUAUCGAAAAAUGAAAAUGAUAAAAAAAUUGAAAAAAUAAACAUGGAAUAUGUAGAAAAACAAGCGACUAUCUUAAAAACAAAAAAAACCUCAAAGACAAAAAAGAGUACAUCUAAACGACGUAAUGAAUCUCGAUAUACAGAAGAUAUUGAAUAUGGUUCAAAACCAAAAAGAGGUCGUGUACCAAAAGAACAACGACAGAAACUUUUAGAAAUGUCUACAUCAGCUAUUUCUAAUGCCAAUUCUCUUGUAGGUCUUGGUAUUUCACUACAUGAUUCUUGGUAUAAUCAAGAAAUGUGUACAUUUUUUCAGGAUAAAGUUGAGUCUGAUAGUAAAGAAAGUGAUAAUCCAGAUUUUCCUUCUCACAGCGUCUUUCUUGCAAAAACAAAAGUAUCUUGUAGAAAAUAUACUCAAGCACAUUUACAAAAAAGAGGCGGUUCAAUAGAAAAGUCUUUCAUUUGUGAAAUCAUUGGUUGUGAAAAGAGGUUCCGUCGAAGCGAACAUCUUAAACGACAUAUACGAUCUUUACAUACCGGAGAGAAACCGUUUUUAUGUAUAGUAUGUCAUAAAAGAUUUAGUCGUUCUGAUAAUUUAAAUCAACAUUUAAGAGUUCAUAAAAUCUCUAACGCUGAUAAUCAAAAUACAUUAGUAAAUAAAAGACGAACUAGAAUGGCGGCAAAAAAACUUAGAUACCAUGAUUCGUCAUAGUAAUUCAUUUCAAAAAUAGUACAUUUCAAUUAAUUAUUUACAAAAAA